GUGUGAAGCUGCUUGGCUUGAGGUGAGCUGAUGAAACCACAAACCGGCGAGAGUCAACUCCUCCUCCUGGGGGUUUUACAGCUCGGCUGGUGUUUCUGUUAGCAUGUGAUGUAACUGUGACUGCUCUAGCCUUCCUUAUAUAACAGACUGGAGCCUCGGGCUGCCUUUGAAUUGAAUUGAAAGCAGACUGUCGUGUCGUUUGAACUGACUGCAAUGGGCAAACAGAGAAUGAAUAACCAGAAACCGCAGUUCCGAACCUGGCUAAUUGAACAAAUUAACAGUGGCCGUUACCACGGGCUGUGUUGGCUGGACCCAGACCAGACGAUAUUCCGAAUUCCCUGGAAACACGCUGGCAGGCAGGACCUCUGUGAGGAUGAUUACAGCAUCUUCAAGGGUUGGGCCAUAACGAGUGGGAAAUUCACUGAAGGCCCUCCCAAAUGGAAAACUAACUUCCGAUGUGCCCUCAACACUAAUGAAGCGUUCACUUUGGUGGAGGACAACUCAAAAGAUUCCUCGGACCCACAUAAAAUCUACGCCAUCACCAACCGGAAGGCCAAUCCAGCUCCUAAUGCUCUGCAGGAAGAUGACAAUCUAGAAUCAAGACUGUACAUCAGUCCUGAGCCUAACCCAGCCUGCCCCAACUUCACCCUCCACAACCCCCAGCAGUCCUUUGCGGCGUUUCAUCUUCAGGAACAGCUAGAUGAAUGUAUUCCAGAUUUUGGAUUAAUGAAUCUUUCGGACAGUGCUGCAGACCAAAUUGCUCCUUGCCUGUUAAAUCCAGCAAACUUCUUUAACCCAGUAAUGAACGGACACAGUAAUCUACAGGUGCCUCUGGGCACUCCUCCCCAGGAAGCUCUCGGUGUGUCCCCAGCCCAGGUCGUGCCCACUGACCAACGGUGGGAGCCUUUGCUUGUCCCAAGAUCCUAUAUGAUGGAGAAUGUGGCCCACGAAAUGCCAGUACAGAUUCCUGCUCCAGAUCUCUCUCCCAAUCCGAUUCCAGAAGCACAGAUCGUAACUGCAGCCGCUUCGCAACUCUUCCAACAAUUUCCAAGAGAUUUUGACAUUACCAUUUACUACCGUGGCAAAGAAGUCCUUCAGAGCACGGUUAGCAACACUCCAGGUUGUCGCCUGUAUUAUGAUGAAGAGAAUGAGAAAUUUGCUCAGCUGCAGCAUGUCAAGUUCCCAAGUACAGAGGAGAUAAGUGAUCACCAACAGAAAAGGUUCACCAAUUGUCUCUUGUCAAACAUGGCAGGAGGUCUCCUCCUGGAGUAUAAAAACGGAGAUCUUUUCGGCAGGAGACUGGGGAAGUGCCAAGUCUUUUGGGCUCGUUUGGAAACAUCUGAGAAUGAGGAUUCGCAGAAGCUGAACCGAGAUGAGGAGGUCAAAUUGUUCAGCCUGAAAGAUUUCAUAACAGAAUUCAUUGAGUUCACGCAGCAGAAACGCGGGGUGCCACAAUGCUCCAUCUUGCUGUGCUUUGGACAACAAUUCCAGGUGGGAAAUGAGAAGAAGAAACUCAUCCUGGUCGAGAUUGUUCCUAAAGUCUGUAUCUGGCUGAUUGAAAAGGCUCAUCAAGAUGGAGUAUCCUCACUAACCAGUGAGAAUGUCAGUCUGCAGAUCUCCCACAGCUCCAACUCACCCUCCCUCGAGAACUUCCUGGCUUUAAUCAGUGAAUUGGAUAGCAUGGAAUGGGGUUAGUAUAGCUUGAGCACUGGUCCCAAGAAAUGGGCUCCAAGUAUCAACACUGUCAACCUGUCACAAAGGCUUCCCACCUCAACGCAUAGCUAAAAAUAUUCUGACCCAAUUCCUACAAUGCUUAUCCAGAAGAAUUUUCUAGGACUCGUCAUUGUAUUUUAAUCUUCAUUACUUUGAACUCUGAGUGAACCUUAAGCUUCACCUUUUAGACGUCGAAGGAAUGCUUAUUGCACCUUACUUCUUUCUAGUUACUAGCCAAUGUAUUUGGACUGUUCGCAAAGUGUUCGAGAAGCUGGAUCAGAAGUUGCUUCUCUCUCAUCUGGUUCUUGCUGAUAAAGGAAAGCAACAUUCGGAAGAUAAAACUUCAAACCCAUUUGCAGUUCUCCACAUUAAAGGCAAGAAGAAGCAGAAACUACUCUUGAAAAAGAAAGACACACUAAACUGUACUGUGUUGCUCAAGUGGGAAACUGGAAACAAAGAUAAAAACAACUUGCAUUUGUGUAGCUUCUUUCUACAACUUCAGGAUAUUCCAAAAUGCUUUAUAGCCAAUUAAGUACUUCUAAAGUCUAGUCACUGUUGUAAUGUAGGAAAUGUGGCAGCUAAUUUUUGUUCAGCAAGAUCCCACAAACAGUACUGCCCAAAUAAAGCACACUGUACAGAAAUGGGCCCAUAGAUUAGACCUGUUUGGCACAGAGCAACAUUUUGAAAUUAUUUUUGCUCACCAGCAUGCCUUGAGGCUUUGUUAUACAAAAUACUGAAAAUAAGUAUUCCUAAAGAAUUGAGGUUUUUAUUUAUAAACUAUUUUUGUAAAUUUAGAAGUCCCAUAUUUUUUUGGCCCUAGUGCUGUUGGAGAUUUUGUCCCAGUGACAAUGAAGGAACAGUGAUAUAGUUCCAAGUACGGUUUGGAGGGGAACUUGCAGGAGGUGCUGCCCCCAAGUGUCUCGGUCUUGUUCUUCUAGGUAGUAGAGGUCUGGGAUAGGGAGGUGCUACCAAAAAAAAUCAGCAAAAUAAAUUGCUAAAUGGCUUUUUAUUCCCACAAAAGAAAACCCUCGUAACCAUAAAAUUCCUCAAAAGACUGAAUCCAUUUUCAGAACGAUGGCAAAGGGCUCAGAUGAAUCUUCCUGAUUGGAGAGUGCAGAGUGAAGUUAAUGGUCAGAUGAGAUCUGGUCCCACACAGCUGCAGUCAAACAAUUUCUUUCACAACGGAUUCAUUCUCAGGUACAAAACUAACUUCAACUUGUUUAUUUGUUUCAAAUUUAGAAGGGUUGAAACAAACUUUUUAAGUUUCUAUGAUUUGUGGCACUGAGGCUCUGUCACAGGAACACAAGAAAAUCUAUGUUUUAUAUUUCUGGUUAACUUAAGUUUAAGUUACACGACUGCUGGAACUGCCUGCGGUUCCACAGCACCAACAGUGUCAGGGUUAAUGGAGUUCCCAACUUUCCAGGAUUGUCCUGCUCCAGGAAUUAAUGAUUAAUUUUGGCCAGUUGCUUUAAAAUAUAUUGGAGAUAAGUUUUGGGGAUCACCCUGUUGUUAGAUCAAGGGUAGGAACUAGCUGGAAAGCUUCUGGAAUGACGAAGUCUCCUCCUUAUACUUUGUACACUUAAGAAAAAUUAAUUUUUAUUAAUGUCCUUCAGCCCCAUUCCUGGGAAAGAAUAAUCACACAUUCGUACUCACACGCACGCACACACACACAAUUCCCACAUGGAUUCAUUCCAGUCCACCAUCUUGUAACAUCAUUAAUUGUUAUAAACACUGACACACUUACAAUUGGGGAUUAAAAUGGGGAGGGAGAGUGACUGCAAAUUCUGGAAAUCUUAAAAAAAAAAUUCUAGAGCCCUCAGAAGGUCAUCAGUGCCUGUUUUUUUUUAUAUAAAAGAAGUAUGUCAUUGUUUUGGGUGGAGAUGUUCUGUGGCUAUUUGAUUAACUCCCGGUCUGCGAAUCUCACUCUGUUCAGGGUCUGUAGUAAGGGAGGAGGAAGAAUUUACACAGCACGCCUUGAAAACCACCUCUUCAAGUAUGAGUUUCUAAAGUCUUGAGUAUCUUACUAUGAAGUAGGCAUGGAUGCGAAGGGCUAAAUGGUGCUUUAUGCUGCCCUAUUCAAUGAUAAAUUCCUUUAUCUGCCCUAAACAGAGGGAAUGAGCCUUUAUCAUAAUGAGGUGAUGUCUGUUAAAGUUUCUCACAAACACAUGAAACAUCUAUAGGCUAAUACUCAAAAAAAAUAAUAAUUUCAAGAUAGAAUCCAUCCUGCAAGAAGAACAGUCAGGAAGUGUGAAACAACCUUCAAGCUUGAUAACUAUUUAUUUUUUAAUUUAGUUUAAUAUUUUUAUUGCUGCUGCCUUUUAUGAGAAUUUCAACCCCUUUGUGAGUUGAUGUGCUUUUUUUAAAUUUGAAACAGAAGUUAAAGCAGAAAACCUGACCAUCCAUCUCAUCAAUGAGGGCUUCCCUGAUGCUGCUCAUUGAUGGCUUGAAUUCAGGCACGGUAACCGCACUCCUGAGUUGCCAGAGAGUGACGGUUACAGAGAGUCAAAAGUCCUCAGGUAGGGCCGAGUUAGAAAUGUUUACAACAAAUGAUUUAAGGGCUUCCAUAUGAACUGUGAAUUUGGACCAUCUUGUGUUGAUCUGAUCAGCGCUGUGUGAUGGGGUAAACAUCAGUCUAGAGAAUAUUAAUUAUAUUAAUCAUGAAUUUCAGUGAUUCCUAGAUGAGAGUUUUCACAAAUAUCAAGAUCUAAUUUCACAGAUUGCUGAUAUUUUAGAACUGCCUGUAUAAUAGGCCUCUCCCCACGCUUGAUUUUAUCUUUCAGUGAUAGUGCAUCAAUCAUUCAUUAUGCAACUCACCCCAUUUCCCUCCCUGUUGACCGGGGUGGGGAGAGGUGGUGUGUGGGGUAGGGGUGACAGGAGGCGGGAAUACCAUUCCUGCUGAUCAACUGGCAUGUUGUAUGCCAGUUUUCUAUUCAAGACACCAGCGGAUCUUUAACGCAGACGUCACUUAAAAAUCAGGUCAGGAACAGGCCGAUUGGAUUCCAUUUAAGCUUGUUGCUCAUUGGUCAGAACAGGAUCUGCCCUCGGUUAUCUUCAGGGAACUGGCAGAUGCUAGUGAUUUGGUUAAAUGGUCACUCUUAAAAUCAAUCUGAUCAGGGUUCCCAGAUCAGCUUUGGGAAUGGAGCUGGUGCUCAUUAAUGGAAAUAGAAAUUGUUCUACAUUCAAUCAUGGGAUCAUAGAUCCCAAAACAAGCUAACUUGUUCUACCAGAUAUUGGUAGCAGAUACACAAUUAUUCUAUUUCCCAAUGAACUAUUUUGGGAAGGAGUUUAUUGAGCUGUGAGGAGAUCAGGGCAUUGAUGAAUUUCUAAACUGAAUUCUCGAAGUAUCCAAUACGCCACUCAUGCUGUGUUAUGCACUUCAGGAUCAGAAUGGCUCUUGGUUUUGGUGCAAGGUAAUCUGCAUUAAAUCCACAUUCAGCACUGAUUAUAAUCCAGGUCCCGGUGUCUCCUAGGGGAAAAAGGUGCAUGAUGUGCCUUCAAGACACCUGCUGACUGGAUUGAGCAGCACCUGAAUAUAAAGAGGGUGGAGAGAGAGCAGAAUGAAGAAGGUGUACAUUCCAAAUAGCAUUUGUUGUCUCACUGACCACAAGGAGACAGCACAUGCAGGCAGAUGUCCCCUACCACCCAAACCCCUUCAAUCUCUGAACUUGAAAAAACCCUUUUCUCAGCCCAGCAUAGCUUGAACAGUCUUAUUGAGGUUUGAAGGGUGAAGUGUAUAUAUUCCUCUGUCUACAUCUGAAUAUUUGAUAACUUCAUUGCUGUUUAAAAUUUUAUGAAAAGUUUAUUAAAAGAGAGAAAAAUUGCAA